AUGAAGCUUAUUUUUCUGUCGGGUUUUAUCUUUUUCACUGUUUCGUGGACUGUAUUAGCUUCAUCUUCUUUCAAUGUUCUCGAUUAUGGAGCUGCUGGAAAUGGCGAAACUGAUGAUACAGAAGCUUUUGUGAAAGCUUGGAAGGAUGUCUGUGAAGCAACCGAUGACAUUCCAACAUUGCAAGUACCUGCUGCAAAAAUUUACCUUUUGAACCCUAUCACAUUUGAAGGUCCUUGCAAGUCUGAACAAGUCAAUUUCGAGCUUAAAGGAACUCUAAUGGCUCCGAGCAAAGAUGCAUGGCCAAAUGAUAACGAUAAAUGGAUUCAAUUUGUGGACAUAGAUGGACUUACUAUCAAUGGAGGAGGAAAAAUAAACGGCCAAGGUUCUCUUUGGUGGGAAGGUUGUGAAGAACACUGCGAUCACCCAACGGCAUUAUUUUUCCACAAUUGCAACGGGCUUCAUUUACAGAAUACCGAACACAUUGACAGUGCCAAGAAUCACAUCUCCAUAAAUUUUUGCAAUGAUGUCACUGUCUCAGAUAUUCACGUUAAUGCUCCUGAAGACAGUCCUAAUACAGAUGGAAUUGACAUUUCUAGAUCAACAAAUGUUAUUAUUCAAAAUUCUUUCAUGUUAACGGGGGAUGACUGUAUUGCCAUUAACAAUGGAUCUUCAUACAUUACUAUCAAGGGGGUUACUUGUGGCCCCGGCCAUGGUAUAAGCGUUGGGAGCUUGGGAGAAGAUGGGCAAUUCAACUCUGUCGAAAAUAUCUAUGUGAGCGAUAGCCUUUUGAAGGGAACUCAAAAUGGAGUUAGAAUCAAGACGUGGGAGAGCGGAUAUGGAUAUGCAAGGAACAUCACAUUUGAACAAAUAACAUUCGAGGAUGUAAAAAACCCGAUCAUUAUUGAUCAAUAUUACACAUCUUUUGCAUCUACAAGGGAAAAUAAGGAAAUGGGCAUAAAGGUGAGCGAUGUGACUUAUCGAGGAGUUAAUGGAACAUCAGCAGAUGAAAACGUAAUUACUUUCAACUUGGAGGAACUCUAA